CGUAGAGUCAUGGAGGGGAGAUGCGUCGUUAUAAAUAUCCUCUCUUCAUCGCGAGUGUACUCGGGAUCAGCACACAACUCAUCAAUUACAAUUGUUUCAAUCCAUCAAUCAUUCACAAUGUACUAUAGCCGAGGCAACUAUGAAGCCUUUGCUCGACCUGUCAAGCCCGAGGGAAUCGAGGAGAAAUCGGCGUGGAUUGUCGGAUCCGGCCUGGCCGGCCUCUCCACUGCCGCAUUUCUGAUCCGAGACGCCCAGAUGCCUGGCAAAAACAUCACCAUCUUCGAGGAAUUGGCCAUCCCCGGCGGCGCCCUGGAUGGAAUUGAAGAACCCGAAAAAGGAUUCGUCAUCCGGGGCGGCCGGGAGAUGGAAUCGCACUUCGAAUGUCUCUGGGACCUGUUUCGCUCCAUUCCCUCCAUCGAAGAGAAGGAUGCCAGCGUCUUGGAUGAGUUUUAUUGGCUCAACAAGCGAGAUCCCAACUACUCCCUGCAGAGAGCUACUAUCAAGCGCGGCCAGGAUGCCGAAACCGGAACGGCCUUCACGUUGACCGAGAAGGCGCAAAAGGAAAUGAUCAAACUGUUCCUCGCCACGAGAGAAGACGUCGAGAACAAGCGCAUUGAUCAGGUUUUUACCGAAGACUUCUUCAAGAGCAACUUUUGGCUGUACUGGCAGACCAUGUUUGCCUUCCAGACCUGGCACUCGGCGCUGGAGAUGAAGCUGUACCUCCACCGAUUCGUCAACCACAUCCAUGGCAUGCCCGAUUUCUCAACCCUCAAAUUCACAAGGUACAACCAGUACGAGUCCUUAGUUCUUCCUCUUCACAAGUGGCUGGAGGAUCAUGGCGUCGUGUUUCAGUUUAGCACCGAGAUUGAGGAUGUCGAUUUUGACAUCACGGGCGACGACAAGCAGGCCACGCGUAUUCACGGAAUCAAGGCGGGCAAGAAGUUUGACAAGGAUCUGGGAGUCAAUGAUCUACUAUUCAUGACCAUUGGAUCUUUGACCGAAAAUUCUGGCUUGGGAGAUCAGAAUACGGCUGCAGCGCUUCACGAAGGCGACGCACCGGCGUGGGAUCUAUGGCGCCGCAUCUCAUCCAAGCACGACGAGUUUGGACAUCCGGAUGUCUUUGGCGGCAACAUACCCGCGACGAAAUGGCAGUCGGCUACAGUGACCACUCUGGACAAGCGCAUCCCCGAGUAUAUCCAGAAAAUCUGCAAGCGAGACCCGUUCAGCGGCAAGGUGGUGACGGGCGGUAUCGUCACAGUCCGCGAUUCGGCCUGGUUGAUGAGCUGGACUGUCAACCGCCAACCUCAUUUCAAGAACCAGCCAAAGGACCAAAUUAUCGUGUGGGUGUAUGGCCUACUCGUUGAGCAGCCUGGCGACUACGUCAAGAAGCCGAUGCAAGAGUGUACUGGGCAGGAGAUCACCCAGGAGUGGCUCUAUCAUAUGGGAGUUCCUGAGUCGGACAUCCCAAUCCUCGCCGCAGAGGCAGCCAAGUGCGUCCCCGUCAUGAUGCCGUACGUCACGUCUUUCUUCAUGCCUAGAAAGGCAGGCGAUCGACCAGCUGUCGUUCCAGCUGGCUCAAAGAACUUUGCCUUCAUUGGGCAGUUUGCCGAGACCACGCGAGACACCAUCUUCACCACCGAGUACUCGGUCAGAACCGCUAUGGAGUCGGUGUAUCAGCUCGCUGGCGUCGAUCGUGGCGUGCCCGAAGUCUUCGCUUCAACUUACGAUGUGCGGGAUUUGCUCAAAGCCACCUGCCACUUGCGAGACGGAAAGGAGCUUGCCGCGUGGCUGCCGGAACGCAUUCGUCAAUAUUUUAUUCACAAGCUGGAGGAGUCGCAAAUUGGACAGAUGCUGCAUGAGUAUCACCUUGUUUAAGAAUGGAGUAUUUUGUUGGAGCGUAUCAUUUGGAGAGAGAAUUUCCAAGACAGUUGGCUACAGAAAAUGAAUGACCAGCCGGACCAACACGGUUGGGAGUGACGAAGCGGUUCUAUGACCAAGAUUAUUGACAAACAUUUCAUAGCGUCAUUUCUUUAAACGUAUUAAGAAUGGAGUUAUUUUUCUUACCGA